AUGUCUAUAAUACAAGGCUAUUCAUCAGACUCAGACGAAGAUUCAAAGAGUCAAGAGCAGCAGCAGCAGCAGCAGCAGCAGCAGCAUCACCAGUAUCACCAGCAGCAGCUAAGUGAUACUAGCAAGUAUGACUCCCCAGAUGAACCAUUGGCAAAGAAACCAAGAACGCAACUAGAUAGAAAAGCAGCAACUUUAUUUGAAGAGAGAUACCGGCAAGAACAAGCUCUACAUGAUAGUGCCAAAUUAAAAGCCAAGCAACUAAAAUUGAGACGUAAAAAAAAGGGAGUUGAUCCAUGGACAUCGUACUCCGAUGAUGAUGAAGUAGUAGUAGUGAAUGAGUCCCUACUAGUCACAACUAGCGCCAAAGAGCAAAUUGUAGAGCAAACAAAUGAUGACGAGGGUAAAAACAGUGACAAUGACGCCGACAACAAUGCCAUUUCUUUCAAUGCCACUUCUCAGUUUGUUGGAACUGCAGAAACCGAUUAUCAAGGAAGAUCCUUUAUGCGCAUUCCCCGAGAACUCAAGGAUAAAGUACCUGGACAGCAAGAAUGCUUUGUCCCAAAAAAUGUCAUUCACACAUUCACAAAAGCGCACCCAAAGGGUGUCAACAAGAUCCAGUUUUUUCCUAAACUGGGACACCUAUUACUCUCGUGUGGAAACGAUGGUCUGAUUAAACUAUGGUCUGUUUAUAAUGCAUACGAGUUAUUAAGAAUAUAUAAAGGUCACAAACUUGCAGUAAAAGACAUUUGUUUUAAUUCCACGGGGGACAAAUUUCUUAGUUGCAGUUACGAUAACCUCGUUAGACUUUGGAAUACUGAGACUGGAGAGGUACUAAGAACGCUUCAAUUAUCAACUACUCCCAAUGCCCUACGGUUUCACCCAAACAAUGAUUCCGAAUUUAUCAUUGGUCUUUCAAACCACAAAAUUCACCAUUAUGACUUGAAUGCCCUUCGAUUUCAGGAUCCCGUACAAAUAUACGACCACCAUGUGGGGUCAAUCAAUGCGCUAAUGACAACAAAUGAUGGGUUCAUCUCCACUGCAGACGAUAAGACCGUGAGAGUAUGGCCAUGGAGAGUCAAUAUUCCUACAAAGGUAGUAUCAGAUGCUGCUUUAUUCUCAAUGCCUGCACUCAAAAAACAUCCCAGAUCAAAUUAUAUAGCACUACAAAGCAUGGAUAAUUCAAUAAAAGUAAUUAGCUCAACCGGAAAAUAUAAAUGGAACAAGAAGAAAUUAUUCAAGGGUCAUCAUUGCGCGGGAUAUGGCAUUGAUAUUGAUUUUUCUCCCGAUGGGAAAAUCAUCAUGAGUGGGGAUUCAAAGGGGUAUGCAUUUUUUUGGGAUUGGCAAAGCAAGAAAUUAGUUAAGAAAUUGAAAUUGAGUAAUGUUCCUAUAAAGACCAUUGCAUCACAUCCUUUAGAGACGAGUAAAGUUGCAAUUGCAGGUGUUUCUGGUGAUAUAUAUUACUGCGAUUGA